AUGCUAUCAGGGACUUUGAUCAUCGAGCUGAUUCCUAUCUCCUUCUCCAAGACCUGGGCAGGAAUCACCCGGACCUCCAGCGGGAGACUUCGGAGGCUCAGCGACCAGACAAGUCCGACUCUGAAAAGAUCCUUUGAGGUCGAGGAGGUCGAUCAGUCUUCAAAUUCCUCCACCCCACAACGCCGGGCCCCGAACACCCUCCUCAGGUCCACCGUGUCCAGCUCCACACAGAAAUUCCAGGAACUCGGCGCCAGGAAUUCGGAGCCAUCCACCCGACAUGCAGAGCCCACAAUCCAAAGAUCCCCCAAGCCCCCUCUGAGGAGAGUGGAGCUCUCUGGACCCAAACUGCCCGAGCCGGUGUCCAGAAGAACAGAAAUCUCCAUUGACAUCUCAUCCAAGCAGGUGGAGAACUCCACCUCAGGGUUGUCACGGUUCGGCCUCAAACGAGCAGAUGUGGGGCACAAACCCCCCGAGCCCACGGCCAGGAGGACUGAGAUCACCCUGGGCAAGCCCCAGGAGCCGGGGCUGCGGAGGGCGGAGGCGCCGGCGUCCAAAAUCCCGGAGCUGCCGCAGCGCCGAGCCGAGCCCGCCGGCACCGCCGAGCCCAGCAGCGCCAGCGUGCCCAGGCGCCUGGAAAUCCAGGUGGCCAAGGCUGCCGAGGUCCCGGCCACGCGGCCGGCGGAGAGCUCAGAGCCUGCCCUGCCCACCCAGCCCCAGCAGGCAGAGCCAAAGCCACAGGUGGUGCCCGUGGAGAGCCCAGCGAAGAGAGAAGAGGGUGCAGAGGCCGUGUCCAGCCACGCUCCCGGCAUGACGGACGCUCCGCGGGAUGCCGGCCCCAAGCAGGCGGCGCCGGCGCGGCCGGACAAGGCUGCGGACUUCGGCUACGUGGGCAUCGAUGCCAUCCUGGAGCAGCUGAGGAGGAAAGCCAUGAAACAGGGCUUCGAGUUCAACAUCAUGGUCGUGGGUCAGAGUGGCUUGGGGAAAUCCACGUUAAUCAACACCCUCUUCAAAUCCAAGAUCAGCCGGAAAUCUCUACAGCCAGCUGCUGAGGAGAGGAUCCCCAAGACCAUUGAAAUCAAAUCCAUCACUCACGAGAUUGAGGAGAAGGGGGUUCGCAUGAAGCUGACAGUCAUCGACACGCCGGGCUUUGGGGACCACAUCAACAACGAGAACUGCUGGCAGCCCAUCAUGAAGUUCAUCAAUGACCAGUACGAGAAGUACCUGCAGGAGGAGAUCAACAUUAACCGCAAGAAGCGGAUCCCUGACACGCGGGUGCACUGCUGUAUUUAUUUCAUCCCAGCCACGGGCCACUCUCUCCGGCCGUUGGACAUCGAGUUCAUGAAGCGCCUGAGCAAAGUGGUCAACAUCGUCCCGGUGAUCGCCAAAGCCGACACGCUAACGCUGGAGGAGAGGGACUACUUCAAACAACGGAUAAUGGCUGAUCUCCUUGCCAAUGGGAUCGAUGUGUAUCCCCAGAAGGAGUUUGAUGAGGACCCCGAAGAUCGGCUGGUGAACGAGAAGUUCCGGGAAAUGAUCCCAUUUGCAGUGGUGGGCAGUGACCAGGAGUACCAGGUGAAUGGAAGAAGAAUCCUUGGGAGGAAGACCAAGUGGGGCACCAUUGAAGUGGAGAACACAACACACUGUGAGUUUGCCUACCUGCGGGACCUCCUCAUCAGGACACACAUGCAGAACAUCAAGGAUAUUACCAGCAACAUCCACUUUGAAGCCUACAGGGUGAAGAGGCUGAACGAGGGCCAGAGCUCUCUGUCCAACGGCGUGGCCGACAGAGAGCUGGUGGCCAACGAAAUGUAACCGUCCCUUGCAGCCAGGACCUCGCUCGCUCACGCUCGCUCUUUCUCCCUCUCCCCCUUUUAUUUUUAUAUAAAUCCUCUGCCACUGUCCCUCUUGCCCUGGUCCCCGACCCCUGCCAUG